CCAAACUAACAGUUUGGUAGCGCGAAAAGAAGAACUAGAUUUAUUUCGAUUUUUAAUAUAUUCAAAUCUGUCCUAAACUCUCUGUUUGUUUUGUGGGAUGAGUUCUACCUCCCAGAAAAGCGGUGUGGUAGUUUGGGAGUGGGAGGAAAGACAGGGUCUCUGGAUUCCUUACCAAGCAGAUGUUGUUGAAUACUUGGAAAAGAAGUAUUUGAGGUUAAAGCAAAGGGUAUCCAAAAAGUCCACCGUAAGUUUGGGAAAACACUUCUUUGGUUUACUCUCCUAUGAAGUUGAUCUUGUAAAUAUGGAACAGCAAAGAACGGAAACAGGGAGAUUAAGAAAGGUCAGGAGAAAUGUUUAUCAAAGCAACUCAGUACCAGGAUGUGGAAUAAGAUGGGAGUGGUAUAAUGAUAUAGUUUGGGUUGCAUAUGACAUUCCAACAUCAGAAGUAAUUGAACAAGCAUACAAGUCUAAUAUGCCAACAUUGGAUUUGUCACACACACCUGUUGCAAUUCCAAAUUAUGUGUACUUUCGAGGGCAUAUCAUAAAACAGGUCAAUAAACAUACACAUUUUGAAAGAGAUGUGAAGAGAUUAACACACCAGAAGUAUCCAAAGGAUACCCUGGCCUUGAAAACUACUGGGGCAUCCACUAACAGCAGAGGGAAUACCUUGACCUCCAUGAAUGGCCGGUCGGCCUCUAAGCAUACCACACCUUCAAAAUCCACUGUUUCAAGCACAAGACAAAGUGUGAAAACCAGUGGUACUGUGAAGAGAAUGAAGAAGAUGAAAGUUGAAGAUUCUCAAGAUGUUGGUGCAACAGCUGCGGAUCCCCUUUCUGAAUUCUGUAAUGACUUAGCAACAGCUCCAGAUGAGGAUUGUGCUAUUUGUUUUGAAAAGCUCUGCAAUGUCUCCUCAUUUGACGACGAAACUGAAGACAGUGGAAAAGCACAAUCUUCAAAUAUCAAAGAGUUGAGCCAGUGCAAACAUGCAUUUCAUGCCUCUUGUCUCCAAGCAAUGUAUGACAGUGGACCCAAAGAUGGAAGUCUGCAGUGCCCGACUUGUAAAGCAAUUCACGGCAUUAAACAUGGUAAUCAGCCUGAAGAUGGUGUUAUGGAUGUCACUUACUCGCAAAGAAGCCUUCCAGGCCAUGCUGACUGUGGAAUGAUCACAAUUAUAUAUGACUUCUGCAGUGGAAUACAGGGACCAGAACAUCCUAAUCCUGGGAAAACAUACAGUGCAAGAGGAUUCCCACGAACAUGUUACUUGCCAGAUAACGAGAAGGGGAAAAAGGUGUUAAAGCUCUUGAGGAAAGCUUGGAAAAGAAGAUUAAUUUUCACUAUUGGUACUUCCUCGACAACUGGAGAAGAUGGUACAGUUGUUUGGAAUGAAAUCCACCACAAAACAGAACCAUUUUCAAACCAUAUGGGACAUGGCUUUCCAGACCCAAACUAUCUGGACAAUGUUCUUGCAGAGCUGGCAGCACAGGGUGUCAAAGAUGAUGUAGAAGUCACUGUAAUAUAAUACUAAGUAACAUACUACAAAUUGUGUGUGUAGUCUUGUCAAACUUUGAUUUUCUUAAUAUAAACAAAUAAUUGUUGUUGGAAAAAUAGCUGUGUUCUGGUUAUGAAUCAAUUUUUUCCCUCUGUUUUGUUUCUAAUAUUGUUAUAACUAUCGGUGAUAGGUAAUAUAUUAACUGAUUUUGUAACCAAUGUAUGGGUAACAGGGUAAGUUAGUAUCAUCAACAGAAUUGAUAACAAAAUUGGCCUCUGUAAAGAGUUUUAAAGCUGUGAGAUAGUUUUUAGUAAUUUGGGUGGAAUUAACCUUGGGGAAAAAACAUAACUUUUGAGGGACAGAGAUAGCCCACUCUUUUUGCAGGAAGUUAAUGUUAUAAUUUUAUUAUGGUUUAACCCUUUCUAUCUUAACAUCAGUAUACAUAUUCUCCAUACCGUUCUUUAUACAUUUCCUAUGGUGCUGACAAGGAGAAUUUGUUUAACAAUCAAAAGCUUCUACAGAUGGAGAUCAUUUCAUUUAUUCCAUGACCAUACUGUUUGAUUCAGGAGUGAUAUUGUAGGAAGAAAUUAGAUGCUAGUCACUCUUAGGUUUCAACAGUUUAACAUCUUUGAAAACAAUUUCAUUUUAUUUUUCUCUGAUUUAUAUUUAUUAACAUAAUUGCAAUAUACGUAAUGUGCUUUGAAAAAUUUUUAAAUCAAUAAGGCAUUAGAACCACAACAUAUAGUAUUCCCUUUGUGACUGGUAAGAAUGAAAAAGGAUGUUUGUCUACUAAUCAUGACUACAGAUUUGAGCCUUACUUUUUUGGUAUUUUCUUAAAAUGAAUCAGUCAUGCAUAUAGCACCUGGGAAAGAUUGAGUAAUUUAUUUGAAGUAGGAAAUAAUAAUUAUAGUGGAAAUAGGUAACAAACAUAAUACCUAAUUGAAAAAACAUAUUGUCAAGUUUUACUAUAUUGUGUCUUUUUUUCCCCUUGGAACACUAUGGAAAACACUACAUACCAAAGAAAUAAAAUUCUGGUUGAGACAA